AUGUCUGAGGACAGGUCGACCGGAUCUCCCGGCGAGAUAGCAGGAGGUAUCUUCAGAGAGGAAUGGGAAUCGUUUUGCGAAAAGAGCCAAAAGCAGGCCAGAAACAACCAAAUCGAUGCAAUAUGCCAACACAUUAGCCGCUACAUCACGCAUAUCCACGAGGGCUGGAAGGAGAGAAUCUGGAGGCCGAGUCUAGAGCAAAGGCUUCAGUACUACGUGCGGUGCAUUUGGCGGAUACUACACGAUGCGGCAAGGUACUGCAAUGGACAAUACAGAGACAGGUUGAUAAUCGAAUUCCUCCUCAUUCGAGGAAUGGGCCAGAUAUCAUGCUUCAGUAUCUCGAAGGAGGGGAGGGUGGAAGAGAGUGUCCCACUGUCCCUAGGAUCGGGCCGGAUGAUGUGGGUGGACGUUCCCUUCUUUGUCGAGGAUAUGACGAGGCUGUGGGUACAAGAUUGCGCACGGAUAAGUCGUGAUCAACGACGAAACCUGACCAGCUUUCUGGCAACCAUCAGCGGGACAGGGACACUGGACCAGCUCUGCGGGGUCGGUCUAAUCGUGCUUCGGGACGCCUUUGAGACCCAGCGGGAGAUGGGUAGCCUCGACGAUGAAUCGGGGGAUGCGGAAGACGACGAGAGAACCAUGGAGUCCUUGCGUGUUCUCGAUCUUUUCGACUGCGCGAGACACUGGAUAAUGAAAGCCUGGGACAGGUUUGAGAGGCUGGCUGCGAUAGAGUUCUCUGAUUUCCCCGCUGAGGUUGGACAACUCGGUAAGCUUGCCAAGGAGGCAGAGAUACCGGAUAAUGGCGGCUUCAGCGUGGAGAGGGUUCAGUUCUGGAAAAUGAGGCUGUUUGAGUUCCAAGAGAUUCAGGAUACAGAACCCACACUUGAGCAGGACGCCCGGCCGCCGCCACAGUCUAGGUGGCCAGAUGUAUAA